AUGAACUGCAUUGAACAACAUCGCGCAGUCGUCGGGCUGUCUGCCAUUACUUUGUUGGCUGCCUCGCUAUGGGCCAUCUAUCGCAUUCAAUCCGAGUCGGAGCUUCCAGAUAUUUCAGCCCGGAUUGACAAUAUUUUGAAAAAUACACCAUUGAUUGAUGGCCACAAUGAUUUGCCUUACCUCCUCCGGAUCGAACUUCAGAAUAAGAUCAAUAGCGACCGUUUCACAUUCCAGCAAGGACUCGCUAGUCACACUGAUCUCAAGCGGCUGCGACAAGGCCGGGUCGGAGGGCAGUUCUGGUCUGUGUUCAUGGAAUGCCCCGAUACGAAGCAUAUAGAUGACCCAAGUCACAUCGUACGCGAUACUCUUGAGCAAAUCGAUGUCGCUCGGCGGUUUAUCGAAGCAACACCCGAGCUGAGGUUUUGCUCCACGGCUGCUUCUGCCGUGGAAGCUUUCAAAGCAGGCAAAGUAGCAUCGAUGCUGGGUGCAGAAGGGUUACACCAAACCGGCUCCUCCAUCGCAGUUAUUCGCCAAUUGUGGGAUCUAGGAGUGCGCUAUAUCACAGUCACUCAUAACAGCGACAACGCCUAUGCGACUGCAGCUGCUACAGUGACCGCUCUAGGAACCGACGCCGAUGCGGGACUGUCCUCAUUCGGGGCGUUGGCUAUCCAUGAGAUGAACCGGCUUGGUAUGAUGGUCGACUUAUCCCAUACGUCACAUCGAACCAUGAGACAAGUCUUGGAUAUUGCUCGAUCGCCAGUGAUUUUCAGUCAUAGUACAUGCUAUGCCUUGGCCAGUAAUUAUCGAAAUACUCCGGACGAUGUCAUCAAGCGGUUAAAGACAAACGGCGGGGUUUUGAUGGUGAUGUUUGUGAAGAGAUUUUUGAACGCAACUCACCCAGAAAGUGCCGAUGUCGAGACCGUGGUCGAUCAUAUAAUGCACAUUGUCGGGUUAGCAGGCUGGGAUCAUGUUGGGAUCGGAGGUGAUUUUGAUGGGACAGUCACUCUGGCGAAUGGUAUUCACUCAGUGGCGGAUUACCCUAAAUUACUCGAGGCUGUGAUGCGAAGAGGAGCUACGGACAAGCAAAUCAAGAAACUGAUUGGCGAGAAUAUCCUUAGAGUCUGGAAUCGAAACGAGAAAAAUGCAGAGGAAUUUGCAAGUGAGAAACCAAUUGAAGAUGUCUGGGAAGGCCGUAGUUGGUCGAGAUGGAACAAUCCUUUGCCUAAUAUGAUCCCAGGGAACCCUGAUCGGAUACAGGCCCUUGACUAUCCAUAG